AAACAGAAAUAAACUUGUCAUGACUUUGUGAUGAGAUGGCUCCCAAUCUUAAAAUGGAAUUAGGCUGGGUUCAUCAUUGGAAUCUUAACAAGUGAGAUUUGAAUCAUGGCAAAAAUGCCUUGGCUAGGUUGUCAAGGGGAACAGUUGUGCAAAUUCAAAGCUCAAAUCAGCGUUAACAGUUGCAAGUGCCAAACCCAUUGUUGCUGGGAAAGGGUGAAAGUCCAGACUCCAGAGGCCAUUAUUUUGCCUUUUCCCUGGGGUGGGGGGUUGUUAUUUUUCAUAUCAUUCAUUAAUACUUUUGUAAAUAGUGGUGGGUCUGGGUUUGGAACCAAGGUUGGUUGGCAGUGAGUGCAGUGCCCUUUCACCAGGUUGCCUCUUUUAGGACUUUGUAGAAGCUCAGGCCUGUUAAAACUUUGCACCAGAAGGGUAGUUUGGGCGAAUGUGGCAAACAUUCACUCCUAAACACAUUCAUCAAAAGUGGCAUCUUUUCAAUAAUUUAAAGAAGGUAACACAGCUACCAAGACUGUUGCUGAGACUGGGCUAAAAGGACGAGAGAAAGUGUAAAACACUCAACACCACUCAACAUUCUUGGUUGUAGGCCAAAAGAAACGUAUUCUGGCAAAUUUGGGUGGAAAUGAAAUUUACUGGAAGUCUUUUGGACAGUUGACAGAACGAUCCGGAGGCCUUUAGGACCCGGCGCAGCACGGAAGGUCUGGAGGUGGGCAGACGUCGUGGCGCACACUUGACGUCAUCAGCUCGCGCCGGCGAAAGCGAGGACGCCAGGAAACCCGGAGAAACGCAUUUCUCUCUGCUUCGGCUCGCACGCGCCAUGGCGGAGCCCGUCCAGCAGCCCCCUCAGCCCAGCGGCGGGAAGCGCAAAGGAAAGGCUCAGUACGUGCAGGCCAAGCGGGCUCGGCGCUGCGACGCCGGCGGGCCGCGGCAGCUGGAGCCCGGGCUGCAGGGCAUCCUCAUCACGUGCAACAUGAACGAGCGCAAGUGCGUGGAGGAGGCCUACAGCCUGCUCAACGAAUACGGCGACGACAUGUACGGGCCCGAAAAGUUUACAGAUAAAGAUCAGCAGCCCUCUGGAAGUGAGGGAGAGGAUGAUGAUGUGGAAGCUGCCUUGAAGAAAGAAGUUGGUGACAUUAAAGCUUCUACAGAGAUGAGGCUAAGAAGAUUCCAGUCAAUGGAGAGUGGAGCGAAUAAUGUAGUCUUCAUCAGAACACUUGGGAUAGAACCUGAGAAAUUGGUGCAUCAUAUUCUCCAGGAUAUGUACAAAACCAAGAAAAAGAAGACUCGAGUUAUUCUACGAAUGUUACCCAUCUCAGGCACGUGCAAAGCUUUCUUAGAAGAUAUGAAAAAGUAUGCAGAAACAUUUUUGGAACCCUGGUUUAAAGCUCCAAACAAAGGGACAUUUCAGAUUGUUUACAAAUCUCGAAAUAACAGUCACAUGAAUAGAGAAGAAGUUAUCAAAGAGCUGGCAGGAAUAGUGGGCAGCCUUAAUUCAGAAAAUAAAGUGGAUCUCACCAAUCCCCAGUACACGGUGGUAGUAGAAAUCAUCAAAGCUGUCUGUUGCCUGAGUGUUGUGAAAGAUUACAUGUUGUUCAGAAAGUAUAAUCUCCAGGAGGUGGUGAAGAGUGCUAAAGACCCAUCCCAGCCUCACCCAAAGCUAGGAAAUGGGAAAGAAGUGAAAUUGGAAUCUGAUGUCAAAUUAAAUCAAAAUGACCCCUCAGAAGGGAAAAAUAACCAGCAGGUGGUACCAGAGAAUAACGAGGAGCCAGGGCAAACAAAACCCAAGCCUGAGUCACAAGUGGUGAAUGAGGAAGGAGCUAAACCUGAACUUGCUGAUCAAGUCAUGGAAGGAUGCAAGUCAAAUGAAAAUGACCACUCGUAGGAGGAGGUGGGUUUCUCAGUGAGGUUCUGUGAGAUGCUACCAGGGUUCCAUGUGAAAUUAUAAUAUUUGACAUUGUGCUGCAGAGUGCUAAUCUCACAGUAUCAACAGUGACCCCUCAGCCCUGUUAGCAGUUUUGUCAGAGCACUUUCAGCCCCCUUGGUGUGAGUAUGGGCCCACCUGCUGUCCCACAGGGAGGGGGUGGGAGAAAGGUGUGGGCUCCUCCCUUCUUCUCUUCCCCAGCCUCCCCAUAUGCACUGCCAGUUGUUUUAUGGAGUGAAUAUGCUCUGAGAAACAGAAAUCAGAGGGAAGUUUUCCUUCUAAGCAAGGAAUUUUUUUUGUGCCACAACUAAGCUAUCCCCUGCCAUUUUGUUCUAAACAUUGCAAAAAUGUGGAUUUUGUAGAUUAGAAGUGAAUUGUUUUGUGAUUGUUUUAUAGUUUUGUCUUUCUUGUUUAGUUAUUAUGUCAUUUUUAUCUUUGAAUAAUGUUUGCUUGCUGUGAACAAGUAUUAUGGUCAUUGCUGCAGUUUUUGAAGGCAAGGUGGUGAGAUAGAAGAGGACCAUUCCAGGCCUAUACCUACAGACAUUUCUGAUAAAGUUGGUAAUAAGGAAUCAUAAUCUCCUAGUACAACAGACAAACAAAGAGAUUCUGUCAUUCCAGUGAAAGCUCCUCCUCCAGGGUUUGAUGUGGAUCUGUGAGCCAAGCUGUCCUGCGCAGUGGGCAUUGUCUGUGGCAUGCAUCUUACUAGCAGUUAAUUCCAGCAGUUGUAACUAAAUCAUUUGACAAGGAUAUUGGUUAGUUUAACAGCUUUUGGAAUAUCAAAAACAGUAAAACUUUUGUUUUAAAAAAAUCACACUCAGUGAAAAGGUUUAGGAAGCAAAUUAUUUAGUAGACUGUAUCCCAGAAAAGAAAAAACUAUGUAGUUSGUGAAAAUCUAACAAUAUCAACAUUUCAGUGCUGGGGCAAGUAUAAGAAAUAGAAAUGACUUUUCUCUCAGUUUUUAGUGAUAUGUUGCAUGAGGUAAAAGAGGUUUUGUGUAGUUAACUGAGAAACAGCAACCUCUACCUGGGUUGAGUCAUCAGAUUUCACAAAUAUUUGUAAGAUUUCUAAAUGAUGAUGAAAAUAAAUGAACCUUUUUUUUUUUUUUCCCCUGCUGCUAGAAGUCUCUUAAAACAAAGGCCAAUAUAUCUUUAAGUUAUAUCAUUGUACCUAAAAAAAACGAAGGUCUGUCAUCUGUACUAGUGCCCCAUGUUUGGUGCUUGGCUCCGUGAUGUUGGCGAUACAGCACACUGCUUUCUUCACUGAGGUGCUGAUAUCAACAACAUGGAGAUGAAGAAAAUUCUCAAUAAUGCUACAAAAAUGGUUAAUUUAUUAUUAAAGAUUCAUUUAUGCCAAGAAUGUUAAGCAAAUCCCCAACUAAAACUUGGGACAAAGAGCACAUGUAUCUUAUACAACCUACAGAUACCUGGUGGCUUAUCAGAAGAAGAGUUUGUAAAGAAUGUUUGAGUGGAAAAGUGAAUUACUACGGCACUUACAAGAAAAUAGGGCAGGACUUGCUGAGUGCUUUCAAAAUGAAGAAUGGCAGUAGAAAGCAGCCUAUUUAGCAGAAAUUGCUAUUGCAUAAGUAAUGAAAAAGUUUCUGCAAGAUCCUAGAGAAAAAGUUUUUUCUUAAAGUGAUAAGAAUCUAAGAUAUAGAAAGAAACUUAACUCUGGAAAAGUAAUUUUAAAGAGUUGCCAAAGGAACUCUUGAAAUGUUUCUCAGCAACUUGUACUUCAUAAUGAAGAAUGCAAACAUUACAAGUCUUCUGCCUGGAAGGAAUGCAAAACCAAAGUAAGUAGUGUUUCUUCUCCUGUUUCCACUCUGAAGGAAGAGAAAGAACUCCACUCUGGUCUUUCAGCUCAGGACUUGUUUGAAAUAAGAGCAUCCUUCAACUUGGUGCUCACACUAAUGCCAUGAGGUAUUCCCGCAGGGGUUACCUGAAUUUGAAAAUGUCUUCAAGGGUCCCUCCCAGGUAAA